AUGGCUCUCUACCACCACCACCACCUGCCCCCCCCGCUGCUCUACCUGUACGGCCGGGACGCCGCCCUGAGCCUCGUGCCCGGCCACGAGCCCGCGCACAAGCCGCCCUACAGCUACAUCGCGCUCAUCGCCAUGGCCAUCAAGAGCGCCCACGAGCAGCGCGCCACCCUCAGCGGCAUCUACCGGUUCAUCAUGGAGCAGUUCCCGUUCUACCGGGACAACAAGCAGGGCUGGCAGAACUCCAUCCGGCACAACCUGUCCCUCAACGACUGCUUCAUCAAGGUCCCCAGGGAGAAGGGCCGGCCCGGGAAGGGAUCCUACUGGACCCUGGACACCCGCUGCCUGGACAUGUUCGAGAACGGCAACUACCGGCGGAGGAAGAGGAAGGCCAAAGGUCACCAGGAGGCUGUGGAGUCCAGGGCCACUGGACACAAGCGCACCAGGGGCCCGGGACCACCGGCUCCAGCCAGGCAGGAGGCGGAGAGGACAGAGACACAAGAGGACACCGGGUCUGGUCCCGUGCUAAGACUGAAGGUUCUCCCGGGUUCAUCCACCGAGAGGCGGCCUGGUCCUGGUCCUGGUCCUGGUCCGGGUCCCGGUCCGGGUCCAAGGCGCGCGUCCCUGUGGAUGGACGGCGCGUCCUUCCGCUGGGACCUGGAGGACAGAAGGUUCGCGUGCAGCGGGACAGACAGAGACAGAGGGGGGGGCACCAGCUGGUCUGCACCGGGUCCGGAGGGUCCGAAGCGAGCCGUUCCGAGCCGGGACAAAUCGAAAGGGUUCAGCAUCGACAGCAUCUUAUCCAGAAGCGACGGAGACGGGCGCGGCCGCCUCCCCGGGUUCCCCGUGGGCCCGCGCCUGGAGAGCCCGGCGUUCGACCCGGCUCUGCUGCUCGGGGCUCGACCUCCUGACCUGCACCACGUGGGGUUCCCUCUCUCCUCCUACCUGUCACUCACAUACCCGGACAGACUCCUGCAUUUCAAAUGAGCUCCGACAUGGAGCCAGACUGGGUUUUUUACGCACGGACCUGGAGGAUGUUUAAAGCUUCACAUGCUUCGUCCCGUUGAGA